GUGACCGAUAAGGCGGAACGAAAUCGAGUUCUAAUUAUUGAUUAUCUAAACACUAUCCUGUCACUGGGCUUCGGACAGACGAAAAGAGAGGAUUGUAUACGGUUUUGUCAUUCAUCGGCCUUAGGCUUGUAUUUAACGAUCAAUAUCUGAUAGCUUGCGUGGCUGUGACUCGUGCAAUCCAGGACCAGUGGAGUCGGCGCCGUAAAUAGUACACUAUGAGAGGAAGUGUGUAGAGAGAGACAUAGUCGGAUAACGAGCGAUUCUCGAUCUUCGAGAGUCAUUACGCUCUAUCACUUGACUGAGCGAUCCUCCCAAAAAUAGCCAGGAGGUCAACCGCUUACAGUCUACAUUUACACGUUUGAAUUCAUUGUGUGUUUAUACAUCGCCGAGAUGCGGAGAAAGAAAAGUGGGCGCGGACGACCCAAAACUGUUCAAAACCCGAAAAAGUCUUCGAAGAAAGAGAUGGGUGUUGUACGGAAAGGCGCGGAAAGUUGUGCCCCUACGCCGGACAUUAGUGUGUUGGGAUAUACAAAGACUGGACCUACUUCAUACAGGAUUGGAAGCACACACGUUGAACUUGAAAGUGCCGAAGAUGACAUUCAACCCAUCUUUAAAGACUCGGAGAUAGUUUUGGAAGUUGAGUGUGGGUCAAACAGUGCUCUCAUGUAUUUGUCCAGACUUUGUCAGGGUAGUAAAGGACAGUGUAUUGAAUAUGAUGGCGCUUGGAUAUCGCCAAAUGACUUUCAGAUGAUUAGCGGUCGAGAGACGGCUAAAGACUGGAAAAGAUCUAUUCGACAUUAUGGAAGAAGUUUAAAACUUUUGAUAAACAAGGGAGUACUGACUAUACAUCCCGCCGCUUGUCGCUGUGACAGCUGUCGUCUGCUAACACAAACGACCGCCUGUGAGCCGCCACGUAAAAUAGAAAGAGGGCCAAAGGACAUCAAGAAGCAGCACAAAUUCAACACUUCUGAAGAAGAUCGUGAUGAGCCUUUCACAGAUAGUCCAGAAGAUUCCAUAGAAACGGAUAUUAAAACGGACAACAAGCAACCAUUUAAGUACCAAUCGGACGGUUCUAAAGCGGAAUCGGACUCCGGUGAGUCGGAGUCACCGGACGGUUACGUAAGUGAAGCCGAAUCUUUAUCUGGUGAUGUUCCUCAGGCUAAAGUUAGCAAAUCUCCUAAAUUUGAUCCACCCAGACAAGUGUACCCAUCUAUAGCUUUUGAUAAAUCAAACUGCGAUGAUGACGAAGAUGGUGAUGACGAUGAUGAUGAUGACGACGAGGAUGAGGAUUCUGACACUAUUAUUGACGGUAAAUUAGACGCUAAAAGUAAUGACGAUAUACCUUUGAUUAAAUGGAGUGCUUCUAAUUUUAACAACAAUAAUACUACUAAAGAACUUUCAAAAACUUUGCCAAACGUUAGUGACCCCGUUCUGCUAAAGCAUAUCGCGGACGAUUCUUCGGAUGAUAGAAGAUCAGACUCAACUGAUGAUACCCCUCUGUCUGUUUUAAGAACUUCAUUGCAAGAGAAUGAAAUCUCACAUGCCGAGAAGACCAAACAAGAGCAAGGUGAUACAGAACAUGCUUUAAGUGAUCAACAACCCACAGAAAAUGAUGAGGUCGAUGAUGUCGAUGAUGAACAUAUUGAUGUAGACGAUUCUGCAAAUCAUAAACCUGAAAAUUCAGCACCUAAAGAAAAACCAAAUUUUCGAUCACCAGAGAAAAAUAACGGACAUCAGCGUGAAUCAAGACUCACCAGUAUUAUAAACCAUCUAAGAACGUCCAAAGAAAAACUGUCACCUUCCGAGACAAAACCAGUGACAAUGAGCGAGGGGCUUUUGAUGCCCUCGUUUGAUGAAACAUCGUCAAGUGUUGAGAAGUACUCUAAAGAGCGUCGAGCGUCUGAUGAUUCUAAAGAGGAGAAAGCAGACGGCAAGGACUUGGAGCCAGGCGAGAUAAGAAGAAGUGGCAGCACGGGGCCUAACUUUGAUUCGACACCAAUGACCGCAUCAUCAUUACCUCCUCAGCCAAUGGUUCCGCCGCCAUACUUCGGUGUUCCGUUUGAUCCACAGUACCCGAUGCUUGGGCUUAGUUUACAGCAUCUCUUCGCCCAAAACCUCGCCACCUCCUACGGGAUGAAUGGGAUGUCAUUUCCACAGAAGCCGUUUCCAGAUUUAACGGCCAAAUCUAAGCCGCCAUCCACUACUGUCAAAGCGCCAGCAGCGACAAUGACAAAGGAGGAGUACAAUAAGCAGCAAACCACCUCUCCUACCGCGGCCAGUACUCCACAACCACGUUUUACAUCUAGCCCCGUGGGUUCAACUAGUUCCAGAGGUUCAGCACCAUCAUCUUCAACAUCACCUAAUUAUUCUGCUGAAAAAGCUGCCGUAAUGGCCAAAUUAACAGAGAAAUUGGCAAAGAUAAGUAACAAGCCACCGGAGGUAAUAGAUAAAACGGUGAAAUACGCCAUUAAAAGAGCCAAACGUAUGCAGAAAUUGGAACGACUCCAGGCGAAACUCAAGAAGCACGACUUCGUUAGUCCAAUUGCCGGCAAGUCUAACAAGGAAUAUUAUAGAGAUAGAAGUCCAGAAAGACAACCACAGAGAUACGGCGACCCUAGUAUUAGAGCCGAUAAACGACAGUUACCAGCCAACCCACCACCAGCACAUCAGAAUUCCAAACAUGCCGGUCAGCCAUCUUUCUUACCCACUCCAGGAUUAUCUGUAGGGUAUCCUUAUCCAGCUGACGUCAUGGCUAAUAUAUCUCCACUACAGAUCCCCCUUCCCUCUCUCCAAAUGUGGCAGUCAUGUUUCCCCUUCACUAUGCCUCCCCCAGGAUUAGAAACCACGCGAUUUACACAAUUCUUUCACAACUUAAAUGGCGGUAUGAUGGCCAGCCCUACAUUAAAACGCCCAGCGGAAGAAUCGGUGGUUGACUUAAGUUCUAAAAGACAAAAACUAAUGCAUAGUGAAAAAAUGUUUUACCGCGAUUCUGGAAGUGAUAAUUGUGUUACAAGUAUUCAUUCGCCGGCUAUGAUGCACUCGUUACCUAAUGUGGUACCUAGUCCCAAUCACAGCUCUGGAUCUCCAACCACAGAAAGUAGUUCGUCGCCUUUUUUAUCCAAUGGCCCCCAGCUGAACUGUGAAACAAGUUCCUCGAUACCGACUAGUUUCGCCGCUGUGUCUAGUUUGGCUGGGCAGCAAUCAUUGAAACAGCGCCUCGAGGAGAGUAUCGACCAGGCAUUGGAUGGUAUGGACGAUUCAGAAAACGAUGGGCGCCACGAGAGACAAGGACAUAAAUUAAACGGUUUUGGGAUCAGUACUUGGUCGGAUUAUGAACGUAAGAAAUCCUCUAUGGAAUGUACUUGUGAAUUUAAACAUAUAGAUGAUAUUCGGCGCUGGAGUACUGAAGAUGUUUGUCGGUUUAUGAGAAAAUUAGAUGGAUGUGGACCAUAUAUUGAAACAUUCCGUCGAGCAGGAGUAGAUGGAAGCAGUCUGCCUCUAUUAACAACAGACAGUUUGACAAAAUCUCUUGGAAUGAAACUGGGACCAGCAUUAGUACUUACUGGAGCAGUUGCCAGAAAAGCGCGGGAAAUUAGCAAAAUAGUGCCAUGUUCAUAUUGUAGGAAAAAGAUUCAAAGGGGUUGACUAACUGUAUCACCGUCAAAAUAGACGGAACUAUAUCGACAGUGUGAACAUCUUAUAACAAUGUGAAUACGAAUAACAAAUGAGAAUAUAUAUAAAAACAAUGUGAAUGAGAAUAUAAACAAUGAGAAUAUAGACAAAAUAAGAGUGUAUAUAAGUGGCUUUUAAUACGACGAAGGGCGGUAUAUUUCUUUAUUUCAAACUAUCAACCAACCUCUUGUGGAUUUACUGAAAAGAGAAAACUUCCCGAAGUUUACGGACUUGCCAGUCAGUAUAUAAAAAGCAUUAAUUUAUUCAUAAACAGUGACUUAUGCAAUUUUAUUUGUUUUUGUUUCAUUCUUGGUAUUUUAUUCCACUGCAGUAUUAGUGUUUAUUUCUUAAAGAUCAGAUUAUUGGUAACUUUAGUGCAGUAAUAAUAAUAGUAAUAAUAGUUUCUGGAGAGAUUUUGUCCGUCCCAACUUUUCUGUAUUAUACUGUGAACUAUAUUAUAUACCCGUAUCUAUUGUUAUAUCACCUCGACUAUGCAAUGGUCAUAUUAUGGAUGUGUAUAUCGUAUUUUACGUAGCCAUUGCUUCUGACCAUUUCAUUUAAACAAUACCCUACAGGUUUAUAUAAUUUGAAAAUAUAUGGUAUUGUAAUCUAUAUACAUAUGUAAAGUAUAUAUACCACAUGAAAUAAUUGACAGCUGAAAUCUCUAAAGAUAUUAAAAACUAAGAUAUCACGUGAUCAUCAAUAUCUGACCUUUUAGCAUCGCUUGUAAAUUACGCUUUUAGAAUCUUUUCCGACAUGGUUUUAGGUCAAUAUUCGACCUAUUUACACGAAUAAAAUGUAGACUUCAAUAGACGCAGUUAUCCCACUUAUCCAGUUACUAAAUAAUUGCAUUUAUAGUAAUAGUACCUCUUAGAUAAAUAUUUUAAUGGUUUUUUUUUAAAACCUUUUUGCAUAUUAAUACUAAUCUUGUACCUUUGACCUUCUUGUUAAGGUAAAACAGAUAUCAGCCUGCAUUUAUUGAUGACGUAAUGACCUACAUACCAAACGGUUUUUGUGGUCCAAGUACAUUAUUAUUAGUUAUUAUGAAUCCCUAUUAUAAUGCAAUAAAUAAAAAUUAUCAUAGUAAAAACUGAAUAA